AAAAAUUGUACAUUAAUGUUUCGACUCAGCGAGUGGCUAUCUUGGUCAAUGGUAAUUUUUUAUCUAAGCUUUUAGCGAUAUUGUUGAAUUUCGUUAUGCUUUCUGCUAUUACUGUCAGAUUAAUGGGAUGAACUACUUUAAUAACUCCAGUUACGAUUUUACAUUCUUUUCUUUUAAUCAAAAGUAAGGGAUCAUUUCCUAUGUUGCGUAUUUCUAGCUUGCUUGUGGUUGCAUUUGCCGUUAAAAACAUGAUUGUUGAAAUCAGAACUAAAAUCAUCUGUAAAGAUACACAGUAAAAUUUAUAAAUUAGGUAUUUUUCUUGAAUCUUUUUAUCUUGCUUUUGUUUCGUUUUAUGUCUCUAAUAUUUUUGAAUGUUUUAUCAGUUAUUUGAUGUGCUGUAGUUUUAUGAGCUCUCGGUUGGGUUUUGGUUCUUAUAUUUGGUAGUACAAACACGUCCUGAUUCUCAUCAAUCUUAGGCGGAUUUUCUUUUGUUGAAUUAGAUUUAAUUACUCUAUUAUGUGACCUAAGGAGGUUGUUUUUGACUUCCUCAAAAAUUUUCUGCGCAUUGCUUCUGAUCUGUUCUGGGUUUAGUUCACUAUUUUGGUUGAACAUUAUUUCAUUAGGUGUAAAUUUGUACAGAGUUGUACAGAGUUACGGCGAUUUUUACUAGCUGUUUUGUUCCUGCACGUGGAAAUUUGUGCUUAUUGGUAUUGUACAAUUCUAUUAUUGUUGAAUGGGUUCUUUCUAUCUGGCCGUUGGACUCCGAUGAAGAUGCGUAUUCUAAAGAAGUACCUAACUGGGUUAGAAAAUUUUUUAAAUUGAAGUGAGCGGAAAGUUGUCUCAUGGUCCGUUAUAAUUUGACGUGGUGAACCGAAGGUGCUAAAAUAUUUUGUCAUAGCCUUUUGUACAUCUAUUAGGUUUUUAUGUUUAAGUGAAUACAUUUGGAGGAGUUUUGAAAAAGCGUCUAUUACAGAGAGAAAGCUUUCGUGGUUUAUUAUGAAAAUAUCUAUAUGCACUCUAUCUAGCGGCUUUUCUGUUAUAGGCCUUGGGCUUAUUUUAAUGUUGUAAGGCUUUCGCUCGUAUUUAUGUGUAUUACACACUUCGCAACUAUUUGUGAAUUGUUUUAUGCGUUGCUGCAUUUUUGGGAAAAAGUAAGAUCUUUUUAAUUUAGCUUCUACCUCAGUGAUUCCUCUGUGAGCACGAUUGUGUUCUGUUGAUAUUAAUAGGUUUUGCCUGUUUGUUUCUAUGACGUCUUCUACUAGAAAGAAGCACAUUACAAAAUGUUCUUUAACUUUUAAAUUUCUUUUGAAUGCUUCUUGAAUAGUUUGUAUCAACAUUUCAGGUGCGAGUAUUCCAGUUUGUUUUCCGUUAUGAUAUUUCAGUUAGUAGCCCGUUAUAUCCUGUAUUGUGAAUUCUGGUUGAAUGACUAUCGUUCUUUUGAUGUUUCCGAAAGGGGACUCUACACUGAUCGAACUAGAAUGGUCAAUUUUAAAAAUGAUUUGGUUUUUGUAGUAGUUCACUGGUCUCAGACUUGAAUGAAUGUAGAAAUCUGACGAAUCUUCCGCUGAAUGAAUCGUUUGUAAUGAAGAUGAUUGUAUUAUCAUAUUCUCUGAACCGUUUGUGUUGUUGUGAGCUAAAAAAAAAGAAGGGAUAUUGUUUUCUUCAUGCGAUGGGUUAUGGUUUUCAUCGAGAAGAGGAUUAUUGUUCUCUUCACUUUGGCUGUCUUCCGUAUCUGUAAUAGAAAAAAAUCGAUUAGUUUCGUUUUUGUUACAUUCUAUUUUUCUGCUCAAGGCAUCUGCCACGACAUUUGUCUUUCCUUCCUUGUACAUGAUGGUGUAGUCAUAAUUCUCUAGUUCAAUUCUCCAAUUAAGAAUCUUUAAAUUUUUGUUACAGUUUUUUAUGUACUGCAAUGGUUUAUGGUCUGUAAAAAGGGUGAAUUUGUUACCAUACAGGUAUGGUUUAAAUUUAUUGAUACCCCAUAUUAUGGCCAAUGCUUCUUUUUCUAUGGUACUAUAAUUGGUCUCACACUUUGUAAGUGUGCGACUUGCAAAUGCGAUUGGUCGUUCUAGUUUGUCUUGAAUUUGUGACAGUACGGCUCCUAUUGCAUAGUUGCUUGCAUCUGUGGUUAAAAUAAAUGGUGAAGCAAAAUCUGGAUAGGCUAGUAUUUGAUCCGAUGAUAUGAUUUUUUUGAUUGUUGAGAACGCUUUCUUAUAUUCUUCGUCUGUUACGUCUAAAGUUUGAUUUUUCUUGAGAUAUUUUGUUAUUGGUUUUACAAUCUUAGAAUAAUCUUUAAUAAAUUUCCUAUAAUAUCCUGAAAGUCCAAGAAAUUGCUUAAUUUGUUUAGCAUUUUCGGGUAAUUUCCAAUCUAAUAUUUUUUUUUUAUUUUUUCUGGGUCAGGUUUUAUUCCGUCUUGUGUGAUAACAUGUCCGAGAAAUUCGGUUUCCCUUUUCAUAAACUCACAUUUGUCUAACUGUAUUUUCAAAUUAAAAUCGGCAAGCCUUUUGAGAAUUUUUGAUAAGUUGUCCAAAUGCGAUUUUAUGUCGCUUCCUAUCACGAUUAUGUCAUCAAGGUAAACAAAGGCGAUGGUUUCAAUGCAAUCUCGUACAAUGUUAUUCUUUGCGCGUUGGAAUGUAGCGGGUGCAUUUUUCAAUCCAAACGGCAUUCUAUUGAAAUGGAAAUGUCCUAAUGCAGUGGAAAAUGCGGUUUUUUCUUUAUCCUUUGGGUCCAUUUCUAUCUGGUGGAAUCCGGAUUGUAAAUCAAUUGUAGUGAAAUAAUUAGCUUUUCCCAAACUGUCUAAAAUUUCUUCGAUCUGUGGGAUCCGAAAUUUUUCACUAAUCGUUUUCUCAUUUAAUUUCCUUUAAUCUAUUACUAUCCUAAUUUUCCGUUUGCCUGACGCGUCACCUUUCUUGGGGACUACCCAAAUAGGAGAAGAAUAUGGGCUAGCUGAAUGGCUUAUGAUACCAUUUUUGAGAAGUUCAUUAAUUUGUUCCUCAACAUCUUUCUUAAAUGAGAAAGGGAACCUAUACGUUUUGGUGUAAACUGGUUGGUUAUCUAUCGUAGGAAUUUUGUGUUGAAUUUCUGGAGUGGCUGUUAAUUUCUCUCCUGCUUUCAGAAUAACCUUUUGAUUUUCCAAAAUUGUUUUGAAAAGUUUGUCCUUCUCAAAUUCUGACAAGUGAUUUGUUCGUAUGCAUUUAUUCGGGUCAUCCUCAGAUAAUCUGUUUUUUGAUGCUAUCGGUAUCGGCGUUAUGGUUUCAAAAUUGUUUACUUUUAUGUCCAAUAAGCUAGUAAACGUUGGUUUCGUCUUUUUACUUGUAAGAAUUCUUACUGUGGUUUUUCCUUUAUUUGAAUUAUAUAGUCCGGGCUCAAUGAUUGUUGAGUCAGUAAGUUUCAUGAAACUUGGAACAAACCAAUCACCAUCUUUUGUCGUAGCAAUUUCUGCAGAAUAGGCGAACAAUUUCUUUGCUGGGAAAUACUUUUUAAAUGACAAUUUAUUGCCUAUAAUUUCAAUUUCUUCGGUAUUGUAAUUUAUUAUCGCUCUGUUCUUUGCCAAUUCUUCCGAUCCUAUUAGGCCAUCGAAAAAAUUGUGAAACUUUAACACGCAAUAAGUUUGUGCUGGAAGAUUGCAACCGAUAAGAUUAGCUUUCCCCUUUUCUUUGAUAUUGUAAGUUCCAGCAACAUUUUUAAUGCUUUUGUUUUUCUUAGGGAUGCAAUUUUCUAUAAUACCUGGAGAAAUUAUGUUUUUAUUUGCCCCGGUAUCGAUUAGUAGAUUAAUAGUCUUAUUUGUUUUUGUAUUCGUGCUACUUAUGUAGGGCAAAUAGUCUAAGUUAUUCUGUGUGUCUUUUGUACCCAACACAAAUUCAAAUCCACGUUUCCAUCUUCUUCUUCUUCUGACUCGGAUGGGCUAUCAGUAUGAUGCACUUCAUUAUUAUGAAGCUGCUUUCGAUUUAAUGUUAAUUUCCUUUUUGUAGAUUCCACUUCCAUUGGUUGUGGAAACGAUUGUUUGAUUUCAUUUUUAUCGUUAGAACGAUAAGUUGCAAGAAAUUUAUCUUUCGGUUUUGUUUCGUAGUUUUUCGAAAACUGUUUCCCAUCUCUAGUUACCUUAAUGGGAUGGUUCUGAUAAAAAUGUUCUUUAGAAAAUUCUUUUCUUUCUUUUGUCCUUUGUAGUUCCGCGUUAGCGGUGGCUUCAUUACAUCUAAAUUUGCAUACAAAGGCGUAUGCUGCCUCUAAAUCCUCUGGACACGCGGCUUGCGCAUACCCAAAGUAUGGCUGUUUCAAGCCGGAUAAAAAGGCGGCUAACCCAUCUUCGUCAAUAAAUGCGUUUAUCGCAUCCCAAUUAUUGCGAAACUUUUUUUUCUGCUUUGCCUGGAAUUUAAUAUUUUGGAGUAUUUCAUUAAUAUUACUAUAAUAUUUAUGAAUGGUCAUGUUCUCCGUCAUCUUUGUUUGCCAGAGUUGACUUUUGUAAUAAGUCAUUUCUUGACGAUCUCCUAAGGCGUUUGUUAAAAUCACUUUGAUUUCGUCAAAAUUUUGGGGGUUUCCUGCUAGGCAUAUUAUAUCCUUGGCUUUUCCCUCUAUUUUAUUAAUAAUUGCUGUUACAAAGAUAUUAAAUUGCGGUUCUGGAACUAAAUUUUUAAAAAUGUUUAGCGUGUUUUCGGCUGUGCUCAGCCACGCUGAUAAUUGUUUCUUGUUUCCGUCAUAAGUCGGAAUCGACUUUAUGGGAUCGGGAGUUCUGAAAAACGCUUCCGCACGGUCCCACGGUCGCUUGUCACUGGAGACCGCUGUCGUCUGGUGCAUUAAGCGAUGGACUGUGUGACUCUAUACUAUCGAUAAUUCCUUGAACAGAUUCUAUAAUUUUUUCUAAGUGCAUAUAUAUAACAAUUGAAUGGGUUUCUAAUGAAUUUGAUUGCUCUAUAACCUUGACUGUGUUAAAAGCUAACUCUUUAAUUUUGUUAUUAAACUGUCUAUUUAUGGUUAUUUGUUUGUUGUUGUUAUCUAUCAGGUCGUUUAAACUGCUGUUUAUUAUUCUAAGGUCAUUAGCGUCAGGGUUCCCUGCUAAAUACUUCCAAACAGUACCAACGGAAUCCCAACGUUUAAAACGAUUGACUGGAGAGAGCUUUCUAAGGAGGGUGUUCAAAUGAUCUAAUUGAUUUUUUUUAUUAUCGGUGUAAACUGAGUUGGGGCUAUUUUUUCGAAAUCGUACCUUAUUGUCUGAAAAUAACUUUUGUAUGCAGUGAUAUUGAAAUGGUGAACAUAAUGAUAACUAUCAAUUUUAAUUCUUGCAGGCCCUACAUCAAUUCCUAUUAUCGGUUGAUUGUCUACUUUAUCUAUGGAUAUAUUCUGUCCGUUGGAUGGAUAUAGGUAGCAUAAUGAAAGGAGUAAACUGUAAUAAAAAAGGAAAAGUUAUCUGAAGUUAGUAUAAAGGUGCCAUCGACCGUUAUCUAAUUUUUAGGUCAUUUUUAUGAACUUUGCGAGAUUCUUCGGUUGUAAUUGUGCUCCUAUUAACAUUUUUAACUUUAAUCUUUUUGUAUCUUGGUUUGUGUUUUAAUCUAGCCCUAGUCUUUUCAUAAAUUGUUUUAGCAAUUGGUAUUGUUAUCUCCCUUUUGUUUUUAUUGUAUAGCAAAAGAUCGUAUUUCUGCUUGGCAUUUAAAUUCUUAUGGACGUUCUCGCAAAUAUCAGAUGACCGUAAGGAAGGUAGGAUAGUUUCAUAUGGAGUAUGUUUAGUUGUGGAAUGGAUUGAUGAAUUGUAUUUAUGAACUGAGGAUUGGACAAGGUCAGGGAUGGGCAUAUCUUUUUGUUCGGAUUUUGUAAUACGAUAAAUUUCGAGUAAGGUUGAGUGAAAUCUUUCUAUCGUACCGUUCAUCUCGCUUCGACCAGUAGCGGUUAAGUAGGUCUGAAUUUUGUGGCCUUUAUAGAAGUUGGUUAAAUCCUGAGUGCCGAAUGAUUUUCCACCAUCCAUAACUAAUAUUUUUGACGGGGCCGAGCAGCCGUUGAUAUAGUUCCAGCUGUAAAGGCAAUUUUAACAAAGUACCGCCUUUACAACUGGAACUAUAUCAACGGCUGCUCGCGAUUGAAUCAACUUAACUUGGGCAAAUUUUGAAAACUUAUCGAUGUAGGUGAGGAAAAAAUGUUUUUCCAAAAAAAGCACAUCAAUGUGAGCAAUCUCAAAUGGUGCUUUUGGUAUGGGAGUGUUUUAUUGAAGAAAUUUUAUCGGGUUACGAUCGUAUUUGUUUUCAUUGCAUGUACUGCAAUUAGAAACAUUUUUUUUUUUAUUUUGGCUUGCAUCUUGGUAAAAUAGUAUUUGCGUAAAAUUUGCGACUUAUUUUCCUGGGCUCCACGGUGUGCCCUGUUAUGCACUGCCGUAAUUAUAUUCAUUUGUAUAUUUUCGUCCGAUACAUCUUCCAAGAGCUUUUGUGUAAAACGGAUUUUAAGGAGUUUCUGAUUUCCAUAAAACUUUCUAUAAACAUCUUGAAAUUUACCCAUAAUUUCUUCGCUCGUUAAAAUACCGUUUAUUUUUGUUAAUAUGAAAUGAUCCUUAAGAAUCUGUAAAAAAGAGGAUUCAGUUAAUGUAUCUGUAUAAAUGAUAGUUCGUUUAAAAUUUGGGAAAGGGUUUUCGAAUACUGUUUUCGGUUUCGCUUCCUUUAGUAUGAUCUGAUUCUGAAAAAGAUUUAAUGGGGCUUCUGAAGAGAUAAUGUAGAAAUCUUGGCUAGUUUCUGCAGAAUGUUGUGUGCCAGACACAGAGAAUACUAUUCUACUGAGGGCAUCAGCCACAACAUUUCCUUUGCCAGGCUUGUAUAAAAUCUCAUGAUCAUGUUCUUCCAAAUAAGCUUUCCAACGCUUUAAUUUGGCAUUCGUAUUUUUCGGUGAUAGUGCAAAAGUCAGGGGUUGAUGAUCGGUUACUAUUUUAACUUUCGCUCCAUAAAGAUAGUUACGGAACGUUUGCAAUGACCAAAAAAUAUCAAGCAUCUCUUUCUCGGGAGCUGAAUAUUUCUCUUCUGUCCUCGAUAAGGUUCUUGAGGCGAAGUGGAUUGGUUUGUCUUUGCCUAAUUCACCUUGAGAGAGAACAGAUCCUAUUGCGAAAUUUGAGGCGUCUGUUGUUAAAAUAAAUGGCUUAUUAAAAUCUGGAUAAAUUAAAAUAUCGCUUGAUGACAAUACUUGUUUCAUUUUAUUAAAACAUUCAAUUUCAUGUGAGUCUAAAGUAAUUUUCUUUUUCGAUGUGUCAGAUCCCUUCCCCCUUAAAAUGUUUAUCAGAGGUUUUGCUAUUUUGGCAAAAUCUUUGACAAAUCGUCGAUAGUAGCCCAUUAAUCCUAAAAAUGCACGCAAAUCCAUAAUAGUUUUGGGCACGGGGUAUUUAUUAAUUACGACAAUUUUGUUCUCAUUAGGUUUUAUUCCGUCAGUGCUAAUAAUAAAACCUAGAAAUUCUACCUCUUGACCAAGGAAUUCUGACUUAUCUAAUUGAAUUUUUAACCUUGCAUUAUUUAAUGUUUUCAAAAUUGUAUCUAAAUUUUCUAGAUGGUUAUCCAAACUAUCUCCAAAAACUAUAACGUCAUCUAUAUAGACGUAUUUUAUCUUUCCAAUAAAAUUUCGCAAAAUAUCAUCAAUCGCUCUUUGGAAUAUCGCUGGAGCGUUUUUUAAGCCAAAUGGCAUUCUAGUGAAUUCGUAUUUGCCAUUAUUAAUAGCGAAUGCUGUUUUAUCGAUAUCCGAUUCUUUCAUCUUAAUUUGGUGGAAUCCGGAAGCUAAAUCCAACGUUGAAAAAUAUUUUUUUCCUUUUAAUUGGUCUAUUACGUAGUUUAUCUCAGACAUUGGGUACUUUUCAGAGAUGGUUUUGGCAUUUAACAUGCGAUAAUCUAUAACCAUUCGGAUUUUUUUUUGCCCUGACGCAUCUGACUUUUUUGGUACAAUCCAUACAAUCCGGGGAUGUCCAAGCCGAGUGAGACGGUCUAAUAAUUCCAUCUUCUAAUAAUUUUUCCACUUGCUUAUUUACUUCGUCAGCAUAUGCAGCAGGGUAAGGAUAAAUUCUUUGAUGAACUGGGGAGUUAUCCGUAGUGUGUAUUGCACAUUCGGAUUAUUAGUUGUACAAGUUAAUUUAGUAUCUGGUUUAUAAAAUGAAUGGCUAUUUUUCUCCAACACCUUUUUUAGUUUUUCUGACUCCAAUUUUGAGAGGUGAGAUGUUCGGAUUAAAUUGUGAGAAGAAUGAUUAUGCGGUGAAUAAUAUGAAAUUGGGACAACAAACUUGUUGCCGUUUCUAGUUAAUGUUAUUUGAUCUUUUCCUAGGUCUAUUAUAGCAUCCAAAGCUUUCAUCAUGCUGUUGCCAAUUAUACCAUAAAAAUAAUUAUGAAAAUGGUGAAGUAAAAAGCGAUCUUCAAAAUCAAUUUUAGGAUGGAAAAAAUUUAUAUCAAUGGCAUAUGUGGGAGAAAAUUUACUGUUUGCACUACUAAUUUGGCCUAUAGAAAAUUUGUACGGCUUGCUGUGUUCGUAUGAAUGUGCUAAUUUUGGAUCUAUUAAAUUAAUAUUAGCACCUGUAUCUAUUAAGAAUGAAAAAGUUCCAAUGGUAGUUUUGAGUUUAAUAAACGGAAGACAGGGAGCUACCAACUCAUCUCCCACUCUAAAAAAUGGUUCUGAUGAUUUCUACUUGAUCCCUCUUGCGGAUCAUGGUCGUGCUGUAAAUUUAUAUUUUGAUUGUUUUCUGUAAUAUCAUAUUCAUCAGUGAACUGGUCCCUGAUCUGUUCUUGUAAAUGGUAGUCAUUGCUAUCCAUUUGAUGAGCUUGCAAUGGGUGAGCUUGUCUCUUUACCCAUGCUUCCUGGCUUGAUGCAGGUCUUGGUCUUUUUUCCCCAUACGAGGGUCUAUUUCCAUAAUUAAUAUUUCUUGAAUUUGUGCUUCGGUCUACCUCCAUUGGCUCAUUGUAUAUUGGUGAUUAGGAACGUAAUGUGGAGCUGGAUGGUAUCGUGGAGCUGGACUUGGAGCUGGAGGGGCUGUUCUGGGAGGGGGUGUUGGUUGGUACACAAUUUGUCUAGGUGCUACCCUGGAGGGUUGCGGUUCGUACCCUAGAUCUUUUGGCUUAGGAGUAUUAGAAGAAUUUUGAUUACCAUACUGAUUCUUAUAAGGUGCUGAUCGAAUGUCUAUAUUAAAGUAAUUAAGGCAAAAUUGAUAUGCUUUGCUAAGGGUCUUCGGGUCAGCAGUUUUUAACAGUGUAGAUAACGGUUUUUCAAGACCUCUAAUAAAUGAGUCCAAAGCAUUCUCCCUAAAAUAAUUUAUAUGAACGUUCGCGUGGAGGGAAUAUUUGCUAUCAGUUUGAACUUGUUCUAUCAUAGCGGUUAGUAAUUCAUUAACUCUGCUAUAAUAUCCGGCAAGGCUUUCAGAAUAACCCUUUUUUAUACACGUUAAUUCAUAGUCUAGGGUCUUCACGUCACGCUUAUCUUUGUAAUAUAGCAUCAGUGUUGAUUUUAUCUGAUGCCAAGCGCAUGUUACAUUAUUUGCGUUUAGUACGUCGGAAGCUUCUCCGCGGACUUUUCUUCUGAUUGUUCGUUCAACCAAAUGGAACUGCAACGAAUCGUCCGGAAGAUCCCUAUACAUGAUAAAAACAUCUUCUACAUCCGAGAUCCAAUUCAUCAGUUCGUUUGGGUUUCCGUCAAAAAUUGGAACGUCCCUCAAAAAGUCAGGGGUUUUCCCCAUCUCUACAAAAGAUCGUAGAACAAUUUCGGAGUUGGGAUUCGUCAUUUUUGUUUUUUUUUUAGCUUCCACUUUACUUUACACUGUCACAAUUAUAAUUCACCGAUCACUAAUUAAACCGAGGCUUUGUAUUGUUCACCAAAAUAUGGUUAUUUCGGAUUUUUUUGUUUGAAUACUUACAGUAAUUUUGAGUUGAUCUCCAUCGAUGAAGUUUUCCGCGGGGGAAAGUUGGGCAGCUACAGCAGGGUUUCCUUUUUAUUCCUUUCGACUACUGGGGGCCUGCUGGCAGCAAUCGGGUGUUUACCACGGUGUCCCAAAAUUCGCUUUGUCUUAAUAAUGGCUCCUUUGACCACAGAUUUAACUACUGUUAAUGUUAGGAUUUUUUUUUUGACUGAUACACUUCCCGUUUAACUUCUUCAGGUCCCUAUUCGGGCGCCAGUUAUUUUUCUUUCUUCGAUGCUAGAAAGAAGUGGACCUUUAGAGUGCUAGAAACCAACUGACUUUAUUUUCCAUUAUUUGUUACCAACGCUUAAUGUGACCGGUCGGCUAACGGUAUCGAUAUGCAUAUAUCGAUCAGCAUAUCGAUACCCAAGUUAUUCAACCCGCCGCAUCAGCAGUUUGAUGCCGAUGUGCUAACUCGCAUAAAUUUUCAAGAUUAUAUGUCCGAGAUAUAUAAAAUUUUUUUGACAGAUAAAUAUAUGCGCAAUCUGAGAUUGCGCAUCGUCUAUUGCUACGGUAAUGAAAAAGCAUCCGAAGUAUCAAGAGCAAGUAAUGUAAAGUUGUUUUUCUUCUUCAUACUUCAUAAUCCAUGGAUUCCAUAUUCGUAUGGAUUAUGUUUCGGGUAAAACACUAAUAAUAAUUUACGAUUAUUAUCAAUGUAAGCAGGUGCAAUAUGUUCAACGAAGAAAGAAUUUCAGUUUCAAUAAGUGAAGGGUGAAUGAAGUGAAAAAAAUAUUGCAGGCUGUCCCCGAGAUACGCAGGUAAUGCGUGUAAAUAGUGUUGAGUCAAGUAGCUUUUUAACCCUGUGAGCGUUUCUACAUACACCGAGACUGCAGGUGAGAGAUGGCUGUGAGAGAAUUGACAACCGGUUUCUCACGCCGGUGUGUGUAGAAGCUCUGAAAAGCGCCGAGAUGAGACUUUUAAAAUGAUGUUGAAAAAAUCCAUUUUAAUCGCUAAAAUGAAGUCAAAAAAGUUUCUUUUACUUUUUAAUAAUAUUUGUGGUGUUUGGCAGCCCUGCACUUUAAUCAGUGACGUUCAGGUUCAGACAGCUCCGACAACGUCAAUCUGUCAAAGCUACAAACCGCAUGAAGGUGAAAUAAACGGGCAUUAGACAGAAGACAACCAAACGGUGUGGUCAUCAUUUCUAUAUCACAAGCUAUUUCGGCAUUUGAUACAAAAUGGUGGAAUCUGCAGAGAUUCGCUUUGUGGAUGUCGUAAAGCCCUUUACAGGCGAUGGUGAUAUCGUCGGAUGGCUGGAUCGCUUUGAUAGGGCUGCAGAAUUGCGCAAAGUGAAAAAUGUUGCAGAACUGUUGCCACUCCCUACUAGCAAUGAGAAUGAAAAAGUGUGCAACUUUCAGGCGAGGGGCAUGUAGAAGCAUGGGGAGACGGUUGGAAAUACGCGGAAUUACGCGGAGGCGCGAGCGUGUUUUGGUUUCUACACAGUUUUUGCACUCACACAAUUACACAUGUGUGAAUGUGUGCGUUCACUUUCAGCCUGCGCGCUCAGUUUGGUUUUCUCGCAGCGGCAUGCGGGUAUCGGUGUUUCGCUCGCACUAGUGCAGCGAGUGUUCCUCUGUGCGCUCCCCUUCUUGCCACCACACGAAAUCGACAGUUCAGCUCAAGCGUUCGCCGUGAAAGGCUGCGCGCGUGUUAGCCUAAGUCCCGGGCGAUCGAAGUUUCGCUAAGUGUUGAAGUGUUGUGCACAUUGAAAUGAAGCUGCGCUUAUUUGUUAUCAUUUAUCCUAAAUGUGUGAUUUGCGUUGCUUCAUUUUAAUAUUUGUUUGCUGUAUUGAACAUCAACAACGGUAUCCAUGCAGUUAGGCGACUAUUUUAAAUACGGCGAUUUUUUUUAUAUAAAUAAUGUGUGUGAUUUUGUGGCAAGAUUGUGUGAAGCUAUGUGUGAAAAUGCCCCUUUAUUUGCAAUAAAAGUGAUAAAAUAUAAACCAAGUUUGAUGUGUUCAAGUUUUUGUUUUGAUUCGGGUGCACCAAGUCCGAAUGAAGGGAAGCGCACAGCGCGCUACGAAAGAAACGAGCGGGAGGGGGUGUCAGUCCAGCGCAGCGCAAUUCGCUGGAAUCAAGUGGGAGGGGGUACCAGUUCAGCGCUGCGCAAGCCGAAAGAAACGGGAAGGAAGGGGUAUGAGGAAAAUACGAUGAAACAGCGCGAGCGAGCGUUCUUUACAGCGAGAGCGCCUCGUGUAUUUUAAAGGCAAGCAAGAGAGCGCAUUCUCUCCGUGGUAGCGCUCCAUUCGCCAUUUUUAAUUUCGAGCCCAAAACAACGGACUUUGGAUCCGAUCUUGGGCCGGGCCCCCACCGCGUGUUUCUACCUACCCCUCGCCUGAAAAUUUCGUUCUCUUUGUCUGUCGGGCUGUUUUUAGAUGGCGGAGCAGCCCUGGUGUACGAUCGCUUGAGCGAUGAGAAGAAGAAAGAUUCAGAGGCAAUAAAGGUGGCGCUCAGAAAAGCCUUUGGUCCGGAUCCGGCUGAAUCUUACGCAUCGUUUAUUGGCGCACAGUGGGCUGGCGAACCACCCUAAGGCCGAAAAUACACGGACCGGAAUUUCGCGGCCGCGGAAUUCCGCCUGCGUAUAACAGAUGUAUAACAAUCAAACUGUCACUUUUCCGCGCCGGCUAUCCCGGUUGCUGUUUCGCAAAGAUACCCACAUGCAGUAUUUCUGCGGUUUCGCGGCAGGAAAAUUCCGUUGUCAUUGCGUUAUUGUGUACCGUUUGAAAAGGUAAACAUUGUGCACUUCGAAUUCUUUUGCCUUAAAUUUGAGCAAAUCAAGACGGAAAAUGGAUAUCAAACCAGCAAUGAAAAAACGAAAGAAGACGAUCUACAUGAGUGAUGAGGUUGUGCUUGCGUUUAUCGAUUGUGUUUUUCGGCAUGAGGCGGUCUGGAACCGGCAACAUCCAGAGUACAAAAAUAUUCAUCAUAGAAAUGAUGAGUGGAACGACAUCGCAGCAGAAAUGGACCAACCAAUCGAUGAACUUAAAGAGAAGUGGGCAUCGCUCCAAUCCAUUUACCGGAAGUACCGCUCAAAAUUGAACCGGAGCAUGGUAACUGGAUCUGGAGCUGAUGAAAUUGAUCACCCACGGUGGUUCGCUUUUGCUGCGAUGUCGUUCUUAGACGCAACGACUGAUUGUGGAAAUACCGUUAACACCCUUUCUCAUUUGGAAAUAGAGGUGUUGGACGAGGCCCUCACACCUUCUCCUGGACCGUCGUGUAUGCCGUCACCGCAGCCUGGACCGUCGCGUGUGCCAUCUCCGCGACCUGGACUAUCGCGAGUGCUGUCUCCGCGACCUCGACCAUCGCGAAUGCCGUCUCCGCGAUCAGGACCGUCGCGUGUGCCAUCACCUCGACCUGGACCCUCGCGUGUGCCGUCACCGCAACCUGGACGGUCACAUUAUGCCACACCGCCUCGUCCAUCUACUCCGCCAAAUGUAGCGUCAAGGCGGUUUAAAAGGCGUUGGCAAGAGGUUAAUCUUGCAUACAAUGAGGAGGUGGUUGCAGCUUUGCGGACGGUGGGUGAUGCCUCAAUCGAACUGGCCAGCCAGCUCAAAAACCCAACCGAUACAGUGGAUGGUCAGCUGUCCGGGAUUGCCCACAUCAUUCGAGAUUGGCCGCUCGAAAACCGGAUGCGAUGCCUAAUGCGCAUACGCAUGGUGGUCCAAGAGGAGGAACAGGAGUAUUUCCAGGAAAAUUUCGGAUACCCGUUUAUGUAAAGCGGCGCUUUCUCCAGACGUGAAUUAACAUGUUUUAAGUUUAAGUAAAGUUAAAUGCAUUCAAUGCAAAGACAUGAAUUAUAUAUUAUUAUAUGAAAUAUACUAUGAAUUAUUGAAUUUAAA